AUAAUAUUCUUCUUAAUUUAUUGGUUGAAACGGUUGCAACUAUUCCAUUAAAUACUAUUGAAUUUAACCGUUUAUCUAUUUCAGCAUUACAAUAUCUUUUAUCUUGUACACAUGAAAAAGAAAAAGCUUUUGUAACUCCAGAAUAUGAGGUUCUUAGGUAUAGUGCUAUUCUUGCAGCGAAACAAAUUUCUGAGGAUGCACAUAAUGCUAUUAUGAAACGGUUGCCAACCUUAGAGCAGAUAAAAAAUUCAUUCCAAGUAGAAAAUAAUUUUAUUACUGAUAAUCGAAAGAUUGCGGAAGAAUUGAAACCUUUGAUUAAAUUUAUCGAUUUUAGAAGGAUUAAAGGUAUAAUAUUGGUUAAUUUUAUUGAACCAUUAGACAUUAUUCCAGCCGAAGUUAUCUUAAAUGUUUAUCGAUUUAAAACAUUAUCGGAUAAUUCAGAUUUAAGUAGCGUUCGAGGAAGAUCGAUUUAUAAAUUUAAUUAUGUUUGGGAUGAGUCAGCAUGUGGAUCAAAACUUAUUGUUGAAAAUAACGGAAAGAUUGUACAUGCACCAUAUGGUUGUGGUUACCAAAAUGUUAGGGCCAAAGCAGUAUUAGAAAACGAAGGUAUUUAUGAAUGGGAUGUCAUUAUUGAGAAAGAUUGUGGUUAUGCUUGGGUUGGGGUAUGUGCAUCAGAUAAUUUUAGUUAUGAAACUUUUGCAGGAGGUCAACCUACUGGAUGGAUAUUGGGUUCUAGUGGUUAUUGUAGUAAUUCUGGUAAAGAUUUAUAUUAUUGUCCCAUGUUUUACAGAGAUAAUUCAAAAAUUACAGUUCAUUUAGAUAUGAAUAAAAGAACUUGUGCUUUUACGGUCAAUGGUAUAAAAUAUCGAGAAGUAUCAGAAUGGAAUAAUCUACCUUCAAAGCUUUAUCCAGUAGUAUCAUUAAUGUAUUCUGGUCGCUUUCGAAUUCAAUCUCAUCAAGAAAAUUAGACAAAAUCUUGUAGAUUUGAAUUUUAUUCUUAUCAUUAUAAUUACAUAUAUAUUGAAAAUAAUUGUUAUGUUAUUUAUGGCCAAGAGAAUAAAAUUUUUAUUGGUUCAAUUAUUAGUAUUACGUGAUGUUGAAGGGUUGCAUCAAAUUUCAUUUUUAUUGAGUUGAUAAUAAACGGGAAUAUUAAAAAAUUAUAAUAAUUGUAUAGAAAUUUUAA